UAUAUACAUGAAUAUUAUUAUUAUAGGUGGAAUCGAAUUGUAUUUUCGCACCGGAUUUCAAUUAUGAACAACAAUCAUUAUCUCUAAUAGCAUACAUCUGCAAAACCCUUUCUCCCCUUUUCUCUACUUGUUUAAUUUCUGAUUUCAAGGAUUCGGUUCGAUCGACAAUGGCUGAUUUGAUAGUGGAGAGAGGGAAAAGGGAAGAAUUAGUCCCGCCGAUCAAUUUCUCGAUGGUUGAAGAGGGGAUUUACAGAUCUGGGUUCCCACAAGAAUCCAAUUUUGGGUUUCUCAAGAAUCUUAAUCUGAAAUCCAUUGUAUAUUUAUGUCCUGAACCUUACCCUAAACAGAAUUUGGAAUUCUUGCAAUCAAAUGGUGUUAGGCUCUUCCAAUUUGGGAUCGAUGGGACUAAGGAGGAGAAUAUUCCAGGAAAAAUCAUCACAGAGGCUCUAAAAGUCUUGAUUGACGUGAGAAAUCAUCCGGUUUUGGUUCAUUGUAAACGCGGAAAGCAUAGGACUGGUUGUCUGAUUGGAUGUAUAAGGAAGCUUCAAAACUGGCGUCUUUCAUCUGUCUUUGAGGAAUACCAGGAUUUUGCCGGGGCUAAAUCGAGGGCAACAGACCUGAAUUUUCUGAAGAACUACGAUAUGACACACUUAACUCAAUGUCUUUACAGCAUUAUUUAUCGGUAUCAAGGAUUAGGUUCGAAGAAAAGGAGGUUACUCAACGAUCGAGAUGAAUCUGUGCAGAUUACUCCGAGAGUAACUACCAUUUAGCCGAGGAUUAAUUUGUUUUUCUAUAGUAUCUUUUAGUUUUUUUCAUCUGUGUCAUGACAUUAUUUUUUUUAGAUGAAUUUUAGUAGUUUUUUUCUUUACCGUUUAUUUGAUUUUAUAUUUAUAAUGACUAUAUAGAUGGCUAAUAGCCUGUCAUUAACAUUUUUUGAAAGAAGAUUAGUUGAUGAAAGUGAAGGAAAAACCAUCAUUAAGGCUGUCUUCAUUCUCUUGUAUAUUUUGUUGUUGAAUGAAGUUUAGGUCAAAUAAAACCAUUCCAAAUUCGAGCUUCUAAUCAUUUGAGCCAAAAUAUGAU